AUGGCCCAAACAAUUAAUAAUAAUACCACCGCGAACACUGCCACCGGUCCUGCCAACAUCCGAGACAGUCGAAUUAUUGAUGAUCGCAAACCUGAGAUACCCAAAAAUGUAGGUCACCUCCUCAAAGAAUCGGUUGAAAUCGAUUGUCCGGCCUGUCAUAAACGUAAUAUGACCCGAGUAUCUAAAACAGCUGUGACAUUUUGUCAACUUGUUGUGGCGGCCAUUAAUGCGAUUUGUUGUUGUUGCAAAGAUGCCAUCAAAUGGGAGGGCCGCUUCGAUUACAAUCACUUCUGUUCGGAGUGCGGUUGCUAUAUUGGCCGCUAUAUAUCGUUGGGCUGGAACGAACGUCGUAUGCUGAGAGAAAAGCGAAUGGAAUUGGAAAUCAAUCAUAUGGUCGAUAAUAUGGUGGAUCGCGUCACAAAUAAUCAGAGGGAACAGCAACAGUCCGGGCAGACUUCACCCUAUGGGGCAACAACGGUACCCAAUGCGGCUACACAACUUUAG